AUGAAAUUAGGCACCUCCGGACUAGAUCAAUUCUCGAUUACUGCAGUCACACGAUGGUUGGAUCGUUUUCUGCAGAUCUAUCCAUUGUUAUUCCAGUCAGCUAUGAUGGACGGAGUUGUGAACGCUCUGUUAGGUUCUGUUAGUCGUCAUGAUCUUUGGACAUCCGCUAUUGGUUCACAAUUUUCAAUUUAUUGUCCAAUAGACGUCGAAUGUAACUAG